UGCAGUAUCGUAGCAAAGCGUUUGCACAACCAGGAUUAUUUGAUGCUGAGCCUUGGUUGCAGAGAUAUAAACAACGAUUUAAAACACUUUAGAGUGGUUGAUGAGAGUCAAUAUGGAAGAACUGCAGUUUAGCAGCUGAAACAUCAAUAUAAAAGGGGAAGAACUGCAGUUUAGCAGCUGAAACAUCAAUAUAAAAGGGGAAGAACUGCAGUUUAGCAGCUGAAACAUUAAUAUAAAAGGGGAACAACUGCAGUUUAGCAGCUGAAACAUCAAUAUAAAAGGGAGAGAACUGCAGUUUAGCAGCUGAAACAUCAAUAUAAAAGGGGAAGAACUGCAGUUUAGCAGCUGAAACAUUAAAAUAAAAGGCGAAGAACUGCAAGUUUAGUAGCUGAAACAUCAAUAUAAAAGGGAGAGAACUGCAGUUUAGUAGCUGAAACAUAAAUAUAAAAGGGGAAGAACUGCAGUUUAGCAGCUGAAACAUCAAUAUAAAAGAUGAGGAUUCCAAACAACAGAUGAACACCUUUUAUGUCGGAAAUCAAUAGCGCUAAGUGAAUACUUAAAGCUAUCCACAACUUUGCAGACAGUGAAUAGUGAAAGAUACCAAGGGAGGUAAUAAAUGUAGGGAGGAGCAAGGGAGAGCACUGCAAGUGAUUUCAUUGGAUUUGGACUGCUGUUAGAAAGGGCGCGGGAUGGCAUUCAUAGCAAAGCAGAUGGUUGGCAACCAACUGAAGUCUGUAAAAGGUGCUAUCGGGGGUGAUGAUGAAAAGAAGGACGAGGGUGGGGCCGAUGAAGAUGAGGAUCCCGAGGUGGCCGAGGCAAGACGAGAGGCGGAGGAGAAGAGGAAAGAUAAGCACCGCAAAAUGGAGGCAGAGCGGGAAGAAAUGAGGCAGUCCAUCAGAGACAAGUAUGGACUGAAGAAGAAGGUUCCUGAGGAAGAGGGGAUCAUGCAGCAGCAGGACGAGGCCGGGCGUAUCGGCCGCAAAAAGAAGACGCCGGCUGAGCUCGCAGCGGAGGCAAGCAAAGAGGAGGAGGAGGAGGACAGCUUUGCAAAGCUGCCUGGCAAUCUAGGCGAGAUUACUAGUAAAGUAAGCGAGCUUCCGUCUAAAUUUGCCCAGGGAGUGGGUGGGGUGACGGAGAAAUGUUCUCUGCAGUAAUGGUCCUUCGUAAUGUAUGUGAGAUACAACAUUCCAUCCAUUGCUGUCUUAAACACAAUAUAAUCAAAAGCCAGAGUUAAAUGACCUUGUAAACAUUACUCAGGCACUGGAUCAGAUAUGUACUUCCCAGACCUGCUACAGGAUGUUCGCAUGUGGAACAUUAAAAGAUAAACUGUGCUAUUUUGAUUGAGAGCAGUGUUCAUAAACAAUUCUUCAGGAUAUGGUCUGGAUUUCAGAAAGCCAUUUGAUAGCCUUUCAAAGCUCUGGAACUUUUGACUCAAAUAUGCAAGCUUACUUUCCCCAUAUUCCCUGUAUCAGUUAUACCAGAAACCCUACCCUGCAAAUUUUAGUACAGUGUACGAAUAUAUAGAAGAUAAACAUGUACAUGUUAUGUAAUAGUGAAAUUGGUAGUUCAUACUAUGUUGUGUUUAGGGUGUCCCAGUGUGUUGAAAAAACGGAACCAUAAUUGUCAUGCACUGCCAAGAAUAUGUCCACCAACAGUUCUGACACAUAAUUAUGCCCCCCUUCUUGCUCAUGUCGGUCUGUCGGUCGGUCCGUCCACCAGGUGGUUGUCAGACGAUAACUCAAGAACGCUUGGGCCUAGGAUCAUGAAACUUCAUAGGUACAUUGAUCAUGACUUGCAGAUGACCCCUAUUGAUUUUGAGGUCACUAGGUCAAAGGUCAAGGUCACGGUGACCCGAAAUAGUAAAAUGGUUUCCGGAUGAUAACUCAAGAACGCAUACGCCUAGGAUCAUGAAACUUCAUGGGUAGAUUGAUCAUGACUCGCAGAUGACCCCUAUUGAUUUUGAGGUCACUAGGUCAAAGGUCAAGGUCACGGUGACCCGAAAUAGUAAAAUGGUUUCCGGAUGAUAACUCAAGAACGCAUACGCCUAGGAUCAUGAAACUUCAUGGGUAGAUUGAUCAUGACUCGCAGAUGACCCCUAUUAAUUUUGAGGUCACUAGGUCAAAGGUCAAGGUCACGGUGACCCGAAAUAGUAAAAUGGUUUCCGGAUGAUAAUUCAAGAACGCAUACGCCUAGGAUCAUGAAACUUCAUGGGUAGAUUGAUCAUGACUCGCAGAUGACCCCUAUUGAUUUUGAGGUCACUAGGUCAAAGGUCAAGGUCACGGUGACCCGAAAUUGUAAAAUGGUUUUCGGAUGAUAACUCAAGAACGCAUACGCCUAGGAUCAUGAAACUUCAUAGGUAGAUUGAUCAUGACUUGCAGAUGACCCCUAUUGAUUUUGAGGUCACAUGGUCAAAGGUCAAGGUCACGGUGACCCGAAAUAGUAAAAUGAUUUUUGGAUGAUAACUCAAGAAGGCUUUUGCCUAGGAUCAUGACACUUCAUAGGUACAUUGAUCGUGACUCGCAGAUGACCCCUAUUGAUUUUCAGGUCACUAGGUCAAAGGUCAAGGUCACAGUGACAAAAAUCGUAUUCACACAAUGGCUGCCACUACAACGGACAGCCCAUAUGGGGGGCAUGCAUGUUUUACAAACAGCCCUUGUUUGACAGUUUACUGAUGAACAAAUCAUUCAGAUCUAAUGAUGGUGUCAAUAAAUCCUCAAAUACUUACAUGGGCUCCAUUAGACUCCAAGUACUGGUACAAUAUCUGUAAGAUAAGAUUAUCAAUAAACAUCACAUAUGUUAUUUAUAAAGUAAAGGAUUUGUAAAGUAAAGUAUUUGUAAACUAAAGUAUUCAUUUAAAUAUAGCUUUGAUUGUUCACUAUGUAAAGUCCAACUUUAUAGGGAAGUUGCAAAACAGACCAUAAACAUGUAAAGGUAGGUAUUGAUAGUGCUUUGAAUAGUUGGAAAUCCAGAUGAGCCUAUUUUCUACAGAUUUAGAGUGUUGCAAAUCUUGUAAUUUUUUGUCAUCUACAUCUUUCAUGUAUUUAUAGGGGCUAGAAAAUCUGAUACAAUUGCCCUGUUUUAUUUACAUCAAUGAUUUAUUAAAUAAUAAUAAUGAUAAAAUAAUGAUAUAUUUUAAGAAAAUCAUGAUUUAAAUGAUCUGUCUAUAAGUCACACUCUUUUCCAUUUUUAUGACGUGUCAUUCAUUUCCUUCAUUGCUAGAAUGGUGACAGCGAUGUUCUUGCUAACUCUUGAUAUGCAAAGUGUUAUAAAGGGUCAAAGUAGUGUACUGAAUAUGAAACCGUGUCAGGAACGGCAAAUCCCUACUAAGUAUGUGUUUGAAUUGUAUCAUAUCAAGACAAGAAUCAGUGUUGAUUAUAAAACAGACUCACAUGUAUGGCAUUCUAAGAUAAAUACUUGUUUGUAUUUCCGUAACACAGCAAGUCUCUGUGAAAGCAAUAUUAUCACUGCCCCUUUAUUACCAGUAUAUAAAUUCUCCCCUUCAAGUUUUCUUUAAACAUUCCCGUAGUAAUCUUUUUGUUGAUCUCUACACACAUGCUGAAUAGAAUGGUUUGUCAAUCUCCUCACGUAUUCUGAACAUAGUUGUCUGACUGUUUGUAAAUCUGCUACAUAUUCUAACCAAACAGGCUGUCAAUUUCUUAAUGCAUUCUUAAUAUUCUGGUUGUGAUUGUUCUCACACAUUUUUAAGCAAAUGGCUGUCAGCCUGCUUACAUAUUCUUAACUCACUGGCUGUCAAUCUAUCCAUGCAUUCUAAACAAAUGGUUGUCAAUAUUCUCCUGUCAUCCUAACCAGACUGGUUGUCAUUCUCCGUACAACUUCUUUACAGACUGGUUGGUAGUCUUCCUCCAAAUUCUUAAUAGACCGGUUUUGGUAAUAUCCUGUUUUGCUGGAAACUACUUCUAUUCCAGUUGACUUAACUGCUCAAUAUGUAGAGACCUGUCUCAGAGGCAUACUUUUCAAGAUGGAAAGGCAUUUGAAUACUAGAUGUGUUCGGUCAUAUUAAGUAGUUCCUUCCUCCAUUAGUAUUGGAUUGAACAGUGGUAUGUAACCCAUCGGAGCCCAUGCUAUUUCUUCUUUCAAGACCAGGAAAUCAAGUGAGGAAGGAAACUGUUGUAUCUGAACAAGAAAUAUAUGUGUCGUGUUCUGAGGAAACUGGGCUUAAUGCAUUUGCGUAAAGUGUUGUCCCGGAUAAGCCGGUGCAUUUCGCACAGGCUAAUCAGGGACGACACUUUCCGCUUUUAUGGUAUUUUUAGUUUCAAGGAAGUCCCUCCUUUCCGAAAAUCAAGUUCAUGGGGGAAAGUGUUGUUCCUGAUUAGCCUGUGCAGACUGCACAGGCUAAUCAGGGAUGACACUACGCACAUGCAUUAAGCCCAGUUUUCUCAGAACGCGACUCUUAUAGCUUCCCUCAGAACUGUCUUUGCCAGCAGCAGUUGUCCCAGUUAAAUGCGUUUUGUUCCGUGGCCAUUAAAUAAAAACGUCAAUGUUUGGCUCUGAAAUGCUGCAACACUGAGUUUUAUUGUUUAUUUAUGGCUAUCAGAAAACAAAUUGAAUGAAUAAUAAUAAAUACAAGUUUGUCAAUACUCUUUUUUGUAAACAAAAGUUUGCAUUAUUUUGUGUUAUUUCAUGCAUUGACAGCAUUAUGUAGGGAUCUCUUUUUUUCAUUGUUUCUUUCUGUACGUGUAUGGUUUAUUACAUUGCCAACCAAACUAUUAGCUAGGCUUAUAUGAAGUCAACUGAUUCCUACGUUACUCACCCGUGUUGGUAAAAUUUGUCAAUCCAUAACUGACUGACAGGGCUUGUCAAUUUUCAAAAUUUGUAUUGGCUAAUCAAUUAAAAGUGUUAACUGAAAAAUGUCUUCAGCAGCAACGGCCAGUCCAGGAUUGUGGAUUUUUUCCUGGACCUUGUACAGUUUUACUGCCCACAGACUUCAGUAUCUCAUUGUACAGUUAAUUUACAGUUCAAAAUUAUGUAUGUUUAAUUAUUGUUUGCAAAGAAACUAUUGCGUUAUAUUGUUUGAUGCAUAUUUUCAGAAUCUCUUACUUUAUGGAGAUGUACCAUUGUUUCUGUUUUUAAUAUGUUAAAGAACUUUAUUGUAUUUUGCAAUACAAUUUCAUUAAAUAUUUUUAUUUAUUUAGUGAAUAAUGUAACAUUUGCGUAUGUUUAAAAAUGAUUGUUUCUAUGGAAACAAGUUUACUUUUUGUAUUUAGUCAUAGUUUAAUACAUUUAGGUGUUUUUAAUAAUGGUCAUACUUUUGGUUGUGUAUAUUAUCAAAUACAAAAAUGUGAAGAAAAAUAUUGCAACUGUAUUUUAUUGACUUGGUUUGAAGCAAAAAUAAUUUAAAAUAACUAUUAAUUGCACCCAGUGUCAUGUUUUUUUUUCUAUUCUCAUUAAUUUACAAUUGUUAAUGUACAAUAUCAGCGUGUGAAAAAAUCACACACUUAAUUUCAAGGGAGGCAAAUCAAUAAAUACAUGCUAUGUUUCAGAUGAGUUACUAUUCUUGUGGAUGCUUUGUACUUUAUAUACUGAGUAUUCCAAACUUGAUCUUACACUUGAUUUCAUUAAUUUUUAAUAUUGAUUACCUUUUAGAUUACAUAGUGUAUUUAUGUUCCCAAAGGGAGGUAAUCAUCUGCCCUUCCACCUGACCUUAUGUCCCUCUGUGUGUCCUGGUUCUUGAGCGGAGUACAUGAUAUGAGUCGUGUUCUGAGAAAACUGGGCAUAAUGCAUGUGCGUUAAGUGUCAUCCCAGAUUAAUCAGGGACGACACUUUCCGCCAGAAUUGGAUUUUUGUCCCAUACCGGUGAAACCGGAGGGGACUUAGAGUUUGCACUCCGUCUGUCAGUCCGUCACACUUUUCUGGAUCCUGCGAUAACUUUAAAAGUUCUUAAUAUUUGUUCAUGAAACUUGAAACAUGGAUAGAUGGCAAUAUGGAGAUUAUGCACGCCAUUUCAUUUUGUGCCUACGUCAAAAAUUCUGGUUGCUAUGGCAACAAAUAAAAUUAAAAAAAUUGUUUACUGACAAUGGUGGAGUUUCACCGGUAGGGGACCAUAUUGCUUGGCAAUCUCUUGUUACUAAGAAGAGACUUCAUUUUAACGAAAAAUGUCAUUUAAAGCGGAAAGUGUGGUCCCUGAUUAGCCUGUGCAGAACAUGACUCACAUAUUAAAGGGAUUAAAAUGAAACUUCAGGUAAUGAUAGAGGGCUGUGAGGGGAAAUGCAGAUACAAAUACUGUAGCACUAAUUUCAGGUUUUACAGAGUUAUGGCACUUUAUUCAAUUUUCUUGUACAGAGUAUAACUCUUAGUAUUAAAGUUCAGGUUUAAAUUAAAUAUUCCUUAAUAUAUCAGGGCCUGUAUUCAUCUCUCGCAGUCUGUUCAGGUUUAAAUUAAACAUUCCUUAAUAUAUGAGGGCCCGUAUUCAUCUCUUGCAGUCUGUUCAGGUUUAAAUUAAACAUUCCUUAAUAUAUGAGGGCCUGUAUUCAUCUCUCGCAGUCUGUUCAGGUUUAAAUUAAACAUUCCUUAAUAUAUGAGGGCCUGUAUUCAUCUCUCGCAGUCUGUUCAGGUUUAAAUUAAACAUUCCUUAAUAUAUGAGGGCCUGUAUUCAUCUCUCGCAGUCUGUUCAGGUUUAAAUUAAACAUUCCUUAAUAAAUGAGGGCCCGUAUUCAUCUCUCGCAGUCUGUUCAGGUUUAAAUUAAACAUUUCUUAAUAUAUCAGGCCCGUAUUCAUCUCUCGCAGUCUGUUCAGGUUUAAAUUAAACAUUUCUUAAUAUAUCAGGCCCGUAUUCAUCUCUCGCAGUCUGUUCAGGUUUUAUUCUGUUUACUGCCCAUCAGUAUCUAAGGCUUGGAAAUGAAGCCUUUAAAACUUGAAUUAAGUAAAAAAGGUCUAUAAUUUAAUGUAACUUUAUAAGGGACUACAAACGCGUCAAAAUACGUAUCUAAAAUGUAAAGGGUUAAAUUGGCAGUGCAAAGUAUCUUUAAAGAUCAUAUAUCUCCUUUCUGGACUUACAGAGUAAUUAACCUUGAGUUUAUAAUUGUCUUGAUCAGACCAUUACCCUCUUAGUGGCGUAGAUAUUUAAAUAAAAGCUUUGUACUUUUUAACUUUUAUGGACAGUAAAUGCAGAGGACAGGAAUCACAACUCUCUGAUCAGUGUUGGAAUUUAUUGCCCUUGGCUGUUUUUUUAUGUAAAGUUUGUUGCUUUUGUGGAGCAUAAAUCAUCAAGUAUUGAAGGUGUUACAAAAAAAAGUCUUGAAUGACAGAUGACUUUAAGAAAAAUUGCCCUGUUUAAGCUACAUAUCUCUACUUUCAGUAUUUACAGAGAAAUAGCCUUUUAUUAAUUGUUCAUGUGUGGCGAAUAAAAUCUCUUGAAGAUAUUAAGAACCAAAUUUUUAUAUCAGACCAUUACUUAAUGGGAAUAAAAGUUCAUAUAUUGAUAAAAAACACUAAAAAGCAGUAUAGAGUUCAAAUAUUAUAACUCUUUCUUCUGUAUUACAGAGUAAUUGUUCUGUGUAAAUUUUCUUUUUUUUCAGUAAAUAAAUAAAAACUUUUUUUCCCCAUACUUUGAAGGUCAGGUUUGCACUUGUGGGUGAAAAUAAUUGUGUGGAGGGCAUUUGAGGCUUAACCCAUUUAUGCGUAGUGGACUCUCCCAUCCUUCUAAAUUGGAUCAAGUUUAUUGCCAAAAUUAGUGAUGUCUAGUAUAUUUAUUUCUAUAUUUAGAAUAUUUCUUACAGAAAUUCCUUUAAGCAAACAGCGCAGACCCUGACGAGACGCUGCAUCAUGCGGUGUCUCAUCUGGGUUUAUUCUGUUUGCCAAGGCCUUUUUUCUAGACGCUAAGCAUAAGUGGGCUAAAGUAACAGAUUGUUGAUGAUUAAAAUCAAAUUAACUGUAUGUGUUAGUAAUAUGGUAAUGAACUUCUUAAUGGUAUUAUGUAAGAAACCUGACAAUUAUGCUUGUAACCUGCUUUGAAAAUACAUGAGCUGUGCUCUGUGAAAAAGGGGUUUAAUGCAUGUGUGUAAAGUUUCGUCCUAGAUUAGCCUGUGCAGUCUUAUCAGGGACAAACCUUUCCGCCUAAACUGGGUUUUUGCAAGAAGAGACUUUCUGUACACAAAAAAACCCAUAAAAGCGAAAAGUGUUGUUCCCAAUCAGCCUGUGUGGACUGCACAGGCUAAUCUGGGACAACACUUAAUGCACAUUUAUUGAACCCCCUUUUCACAGAGCAUGGCCCAUAUAUGAAAUAUUGGCUCAGUUUUGAUGCUUAUUGACUUUGACUGAUAUUGUUCCUUUUUGCAGCCAUGUUGGGAAUAAUUGUAUAAUUUUUGUCAUGUGACUUCUAGUCUUAUACCUCAUACAUUGUUAUCAAAAGCUUCAAAUAAAAACAACUACUUUUCAUGUACAUGGAUUAAGUAUUUCUUUUCAUCAUCAAUUCUACAGUUUGACUUUAUUGUACUUUUAAAUUUCUUGCACUAAGAAUUAAUUAUUUGAAACAACAAGGAUGUUUUAUUAGAUAGUUAGUUUCUUGUGUCAAGCAUUCUGAUUCGACAAAUUGCCAGUUUUGUAAAAUCUAAAUCUAGACUUCAUGCGUCCCCAUUCAAAAUCAAAUGCAAUAUAUAAUUGUUCAUGAUUACAUUGUAUUGUUUUGUCAACUAUGUUAUGAUUAAAUAUUCAUGUUUAUUUAUUUGUUUCAAUCUGUAUAUUAUAAGUUCAAGGUUCAUGAAAAAUAUUGAUACCGGUACUUUCAAUUUGUAUUUGUGACAUUUACAGUUAUUGAUCACAGGUAUGUGUAUGUUACUUUCCAACAAAGUUCAGAUCAGUUCCUGCACAGAGAGAGACCUUUAAGUCGGAAGUCACUCUUUAAAUGGGCCGUGAUCUGUGAAAAGGGGUUUUAAUGCAUGUAUGUAAAGUAUUGUCCCAGAUUAGCCUGUGCAGUCCACACAGACUAAUCAGGGACAACAUUUUCUGCCUAAACUGAAUUUUUGCUUAGAAGAGAGUUUUUUAAACGAAAAAUUUACAAGCGGAAAAUGUCAUCCCUGAUUAUCCUGUGUAGACAGCACAGGCUAAUCUUGAACAACACUUUACGCACAUGCAUUAAGCCCCCUUUUCACAGAGAACAGCUCAAAUACUGUCUGGGAUCAUACCAAUUAGGAAUAGAACCACAAUGUCAGUGUACUUGCCUUAAGAUGCACUCUUGUUUGUGUCUUGUUCUGAUAAAACUGGGCAUACUGCAUGUGGGUAAAGUGUUGUCCCAGAUUAGCUUGUGCAGUCCACACAGGCUAAUCAGGGACAACACUUUCUGCUGAAACUAGAUUUUCGGUAAAAAAAGGACUUCCUUUAAACGAAAAAUACCAUUAAAGCGGAAAGUGUCGUCCCUGAUUAGCCUGUGUGGACUGCACAGGCUUAUCUGGGACGACACUUUAUGCACAUGCAUUUUGCCCAGUUUUCACAGAACAAGACACAUUUAUGCACCAUAUUUUGAGCGUGUACAUUGAUUCCUAUCCUAACAUUCCUUUGGACUUUUAUUUGUAUUUGCUUGCACAGAUACCUUUACAAUCAACCGAUUCAAUAAAUUCUUGUUUCAUCAAGCACGUUUUAAACUGUUAAAUGUUUUAAUUGAAUGUGUAUUCAUAGCAAUUUAGCAAUUUAAUUUAAGCAAUGUUUAUACAUUGGUGGAUUGUACAUUAUUGCCAUGAAAGUGUAGUAGCAGUUAUACUGUUUCUGCAUCAGUGGAUGGUACAUUAUUGUCAGCUGUUGUAUAUGGCAGAGUUCUCACCCUGUACAUUCUGUAUACAGAAUUGUUAGUUUGAAUGUUAGAUGUUAUAUUGUGACUUGUUUACAUUGUUUAUGAUAUUAAUUUUGUUGUUUUCUUUUUUAUUUCCAAAAUAAAGUGUUCAAAGUAA